AAGGACGGAAUACGAAGCACGUUGUGCACGACCUCGGAUUCUCAUUACAGCAUGACUACGCCCUUACGAGAUGGCAAGGGAACAGCCAGAUGGCGAUACAUCACGGACGGUUACAACAAAUAUUGGUAUCUGAGGUCUGCUCUUCGAUGGCUGUCUGUCGUCGCCGCCGUGACAGAUCUGAUCGUCUUCGCCAUUGUAUACCAUGAUUGGGCGAGUUAUGAAAACAUCCAUACUUUGUAUUUCGGCCCCGUAUUCUUCAUCGUAGCUCCUCUCAUAUCCUUCUUGACCAGUGUUAUCGCACUCACGCUUCUGUUCCUCUCACGACGAAAGGUGAUCAUCAAUCCUGGAUGGCUGCUUUCUAUGGACCUCAUCACUGGCUUGCUACUGGCCACGGAUCUGGGCUUCAAUGGCCAAUACUUUCCGGCAGGGAGUCACAGAAGAUGGUACCCCGACGGGCUAUGGCUUCUUCAAGUCCCUUAUGGCUUUAGCUUGGUCUUGGGGAUCUUCCACGUCAUCCUUUUUCUGUUCGGGAUCUGGGAAGUGCAUGUUCAUCGGCGAAUGUCGCGAGAGCAGCGUGUUCUCAGCAGCUCUGACGAUGCUGAAGCUGGAAAUGCUGGUUCCAAGACAAAUUCCAUCGAGCGAGAUGGUGCAUCAGAAGAUAUCGAGCUACGGAACACCACUUCAACAACGCCAAAUGCGGCAGAAGUUACAGGUAUACCCUCACACGUCGAAGCGCCAGACACUCCUUCUUCGCGCACCGAACUACCAGAAGACACUCUGGUCGAAAUGCCAGCGGUGCUACCAGGCACGAUACUAGUGGAACUCCCUGAUGGACGCAUCUUGGAGUUGCCCGAGGGAAGCCGUUUCGGAAACCGUGUGGAACUGCCAGCUGAGCCUCUAGCCGAGCUGCCAGAUGAUACGAGUAGAAAGUUGCGUAUCAAUACGCAGCUGGGUGAGGGUGGGCCUGAUUCGGCGUCCACGACAUCUACUCAGUGGUAUGGCAGUAGCCCGGUGGCUCCGUCGUAUAAGACGCAGGAGUGGUAA